AAGGUGCAUCAGCAAUUUAGCGCAUCCAUGGUGGUGAAAGUGUAAUUUCAAUCUGGAAAAUUAAUUAAGCAAAGAAAGGAAAAUUUGUGUGUUCUGUUAUUUCCAUUCAGUCUCACUAGUUCUCUUCUCGCCCCUAAGCAUUUUGGUGUCGUAGCUAUCGUGAGAACGAAAUUCAAAAACGAUCAGAUCAGAUCAUCUUGCAAUUCUACGAAAUGGACGGACACAACGGAGAAGAUUCAAAGCAGAGCACCGCGGACAUGUCUGCUUUUGUGCAAGAUCUUCUUCAGCAAAUGCAAUCCAGGUUCCAAGCAAUGUCUGACUCUAUUGUGACAAAGAUCGAUGAUAUGGGAACCCGCAUAAAUGAGUUGGAGCAGAGCAUCAAUGAACUAAAAACAGAGAUGGGCAUGGAGGGUACUCCAUCUCCUAUGGCCCCAUCCAAGCCAAAUGUUGAUGACGUGAAGCAGGAGGAGGGUUCUGCUUAGACUCGGCUCAAAGUUCACAUUUUGCAUUUCGUGUCAGCUUUUCUUUGUCCACCAUAUUGUGGUUGAGGAAUGAAGUCGGGUGUUAGUGUGACGUUUUGAGUGCUUAUGUCAAUACUGCAGCUAGUUUGUAUCUCUUAUUUUUUAUGUUCCAUCACUCUAUUAGCAUACUUUAAGUAACUAUUCAGUUACUCUGAUGACGAAAUUUUCCAGAUGUAAGCUUUGUAUGGAGUUCUCUCAAUGACAUGGGCAUUGGCAUUGAUUAGUUUA